CAAGGCAUGCUGUGAAUGAAGCUGUGCCUGCUUAAUUAUUUUUUUAAUAGUGUUUAUAUUAUUGCCGAGGCAGGGUGGAGGUCGAUCCAGGGGUUGCUGCCUCUUGGGGACCCGGGUUUGUGGGUUCCCCCUUGCUCAGGUUCUCCCUCUGGGGCAGCUCUGGGGUUUCCAGGUGGGGUGACUCACACAGGCAGGUGACUCACCCUCCUCUGGUCCUGUCCUUGGGCAGGGAGUUGGUAUUUGGGGUGGUAACAGGGGCAGGGACAAUGCAAAAUGGGUCAUAAUGGGGUGAGUGUUGCUGGGCCCGUGGCUGGUGGUAGCCUGUGGGGCUCAGUAUCACUUGCCSUUGGGCUUUUCCCUUUGGGAUUUGGCCACCAAGGGGCCAGCUGGUGUCCCUUGCUUGGUGGAAAGGCAGCUGGGGUGGUGGCAGGGGGUGGGGGAGCCCACUGUCUCUCAGGGAAUUCAUUGCAUUUUUGGGCACAGGCUGCCCAGGUUCCUCUUGCACUCAGCACCGUGUUCCASGAUGGGGUGGGGUCCCUGAAGGAGGAUCCUGCCUUCUGCACCCUCAAGUUGCCUUCCAGGGCUCAUAGAUGUACUGGCUGGGGCAAUCAUUGAGGAUGGGGARGUGUUUAUGGCAAUAGGUCAAAGCCGUCAGGGAACCCUCCCCAUUUCACAUGGCUUUGUGGUUUGUGCUCUCAUGUCCUARUCUAUUUUCUUGCUGAAGGUGGUGGGUGAGUAGACAUGAAAAUACCUGUAGAGGCCACAGCCAGGUGCUGGCAUGGAGGGAACACUCAGUGCUGRUCAGGAGCUCUUCAGAGACCUGUGGGACACAGGGAUCGUGUGGGCAUGGGGUCCCCAAAAGCCUGACAGUGCUGGGCAUUGAGCAGGAACCACCAGGCAUUGGAAGGGGCGAGGAUGAUGAGGAGAUGAAGGCGGUGUCAGUCAUUGGUCACCCCCAGCAGCACCAGGGGAACGUAACCUGGGAAAGGAGAAAUACAGGGAGGAUUUCGAGAUAAACCCUGAAGAUCUUCCUUUGCAAAACCCAGAGGCAGAUGCAUCCCCUUGCCUGCUUCAGUGCUGGACUCCUGCAUUCCAGGAUCCUUUGCCCACUGAUGGGAAUGAGGGUCUCUCCUCCCCGUUAUCUCUUGGCCUCGCUCGCUGCAGGUGUGUAUCUCCAGYGGAGAGAGCCAGUAACAGGAGAGGUGUUCUGCUGGCAAUCGGCAGCUGAGCAGCGUGCUGCCCACUAUGGCUGGUUGGUUCAGGCGGCUCCUGCAUAAACCCAAGCCCAGUUUAGUGGAAAGCAGCCUCAAGUCCAGCCAGUCUGCUUCAUCCUCACCUUCCUCCUCUUCCUCUGCCAAGAGCUCCAGUUCUUCUCCUGAUGUGAGCUUGGCCACCAGCUCCAUCUCCCUGUCAUCUGUGUCAGCACCGGACAUCAGUGCCUCGGACAGCCCCCGUUGGGACAAGAGCUACGAUGUCUGCAUCUGCCACAGCGAGGGGGACGUGGAGCUGGUGGAGGAGCUGGUGUCCUACCUGGAGGGCCAACCAGAGAGCUUCCGUUGCUUCCUCCAGCUGCGGGAUGCGGUGGCGGGAAGCGCGGUGGUGACUGAGCUCUGUGAUGCCGUGCAGAACAGCCACUGCUGGGUCAUGCUCAUCACYCCUGGCUUCCUGCAGGACCCCUGGUGCAAGUACCAGAUGCACCAGGCCUUGGCUGAAGCUCCGAUGGCCAAYGGACGCACCAUCCCGGUGCUGAAGGAUGUGGAUCGCAAGGACUAUCCCAGGGAGCUGCGAAAUAUCUACUACAUCUACAUGGCACUGAAGGAGAAGAGCUUCAGGCAGAUCAGAGACACCGUCAUGCGCUACCUCCAGGAACUGUGCCGGAGCUCCACAAAAAGGAUGGACUAGUGCUGGGAGCAGGCAGAUGCAUCCCCAUGGGCAUCAUGGAGCUGUCACCKUUGGAUCUGGGUGUGGCUAUGUCCCAAAGGACCUUGGGGUUGAACCUGAGCUGCUCAGACCAGACCUGGGAACCAAAGAUGGAGAGUUCCUCACUUCCAUGAGGGAAGAGCAGCGCCCGCCACAUCACAGUGGUGUGACCUCCAUCCCGGUGGACAGGACCUCCUCAGCAGGGACAGGGACAUCUGUCACGCAAACACUAAACUGUCACAUCGGGUGGGUUUUGGGGUCACCAGAGCUCCUUCCUGCGCUGUACUGAGGGGCUCUGGGACCCCCACUAAGCUGACAAAGUGCCUCAUGCGCAGUGGGCAGGACAAGAUGAGGCAGGCAGCGACUUUGCACGGGAUCGUUGCCACUACGAAAAUGCAGAAGUUUUAAAUGUCGGUGGUUCUUCUCAUUCUCUCAAUGCCCGGUUGGCGGGUUUGUGGGAGCGGGAGCCGCGGGGGUGCACGGCCGCCGAGCC